AUGUCGUUUACAAAUCAUGCUGACAAUGACGAUUUACCAUCAACAUCCUACUCUGAAGAAACUCCCAUAAAAGAUCUUAUUCACGAUUAUGAUUGGGCGUCAACUUCUUUAGGUCCGGUAGAAUCAUGGGAUUCUUCAUUGAAAUCGGCUGUGAGCAUAUGUAUACAUUCUGUGUUUCCAAUGGCAAUAUAUUAUGGCGACGAUUUGGUGUUUAUAUAUAAUCAAAUGUGGAGACCAAUAUUGAAAAUGAAGCAUCCAUCGGCUUUGGGAAAAACUUUUGGAGAAGUUUGGCCAGAAAUUUAUGAUAAGUUUAUGAAAUUAUUUCAAGAGGUCAAAGCAUCAGGCAAAGGAACAUCAGAAGAUGAUACAAAAUUAUUUCUUCAACGAGAUGGUUAUAAUGAAGAGACCUAUUUCUCAUUUGCUUUAAAUCCAAUAUUUAAUGGAGAUACCGUGACUGGUAUACUUGCUGUUGUUCAAGAGACAACUGAAAAAGUUUUAGGUGCAAGAAGAUUAAAGGUUCUAAGUGAAUUGGGUAACAACACGCCAGGUACAAGAUCAGUAGAAAACGCUUGUCAUCUGUUGACUUCUACUUUAAGAGAACACAAUGCAGAUAUACCAUAUUCAUUAGUUUACUUGAUUGAAAAUAAGAAUAAUUCAGCCAAAUCUGCUGAUUUGAUCGCAACUACAUUUGACGAAGAUCUUGAAAUUGAAUCAGAUGAAAACGGUGUUAAAAAAUGCUCUUUUGUAAAAGGAAAAUCAAGACGUUCGUUACCAGAUUAUUUCCCAAGAACUUACGACUUUGUAGAUUUGACGAUGGAUGAUGACGAUAACAUUACUGAUUCCUCUUCCACCUUUUCAGCCUCAUCAUCAGAUUUAACUAUACCAAAAAUAAAUAAAGAAGUUUUAUCUGAAUAUGGUCAUCCAUUAGAUUUAUCCGACACAUCAUCAUCAACUUGGCCAUUAAAAAAAGUCCUAAAAUCUAGUACUAAAGUCAUAGUAAAAUUAAAAAAUAGUUCAUAUGCUAUAAUAUUUCCUGUUUAUAUAAAUUCAGGUGGUAAACUUGUAUUAACUGCCAUCAUGAUUUGUGGUAUAAAUAUAUAUAGAACUAUUGAUAAUGAAUAUAUAGAUUUUCUAAAGCUAGUUAUGGGUCAUGCAAAUUCAGCAAUGACCCAUGGUAGGUCAAGAGAAGAAGAAAGAGAACAAGCAGCAAUUUUAGAAGAUCUUAAUAGACAAAAAAUCAUGUUCUUUCAGAACGUUAGCCACGAGCUGAGAACACCAUUAACGCUGAUGUUAUCACCAUUAGAUGAAGCAGUUACUAUUUAUACAAGUGCCAAAUAUGAUACUUUAUUAACUCAUUUAAAUAUGGCCCAAAGAAACUCUCGCAGAUUGCUUAAAUUUUCAAGAAUUGAAGCAGGAAGAUUAGAAGCAAUAUAUCGUGAAACUGACAUUUCAAAACUAACUAUAGAACUCGCUUCAUGUUUUGAAAGUAUGGCACAAUCACUCAACUUACAAUAUAAUAUUGAAAUAAUUAAACCGGAAAUUUUUAAUAAAAAUAUAACAAAAAAAGUAUAUUUGGAUAAAGAUAUGUAUGAAAAGAUUGUGUUUAAUAUAUGUUCAAACGCUUUCAAACAUACUUGGGAGGGUUCAGUUACUAUAAGAUUAUAUGUUGAUAAAAAAGAUGAUAAAGAAAUUGUUAUAUUCGAAGUUUCCGAUACAGGUGUAGGUAUACCAGAAAAUGAUCUUCCUAAUUUAUUUCAAAGAUUUUACAGAGUUGAAUCAAAACAAUCACGUAGUCAUGAAGGUACAGGUAUCGGUUUGGCGUUAGUAAGAGAAUUAAUAAAUCUCCAUGGGGGUGAUAUAUCUGUUGAAUCAAAAAUUGACGUAGGCUCAACAUUUAAAAUUUGGAUACCUACUGGUUUUGAACAUUUGCCACUUGAUCGAGUGAUUUUUGGUGCUUCUCCUUCCGAUAGAGAUAUUCAAAUGUUAAAUAUCAUUGAGAAUGAUAGACGCGAUAGAACGUAUUUGACCGGUAUAUUAUUUAAGGAUGAUUUUAAAGUUUAUUCAGCUUCAGAUGGUAAAGAUGCACUUGCAAUUGUUAAAAGCUUAAAAAAAUUACCUGACCUUGUACUUAGUGAUAUAAUGAUGCCAAAUAUGAAUGGAAUUGAAUUAUUAAAUGCUUUAAGAUCCGAUCCAAGAACUCAAUCAAUCCCUGUUAUUUUGUUGUCAGCUAAAGCUGGCGAAGAAGCAAGACUAAACAAUGGCGCAGAUGAUUAUUUAACAAAACCAUUUCAACCAAAAGAAUUGAUUGCUAGAGUUCGUGCAAAUAUAAAGUUAUCAAAUUUACGUCAGAAGUUAUAUAAUCAACGGCGUCAACAAAACAUAACAAAAGAAUUGCUAUUCACAAUUUCUAAGGAAAUCCAUUCAGAGAAUGAUUUACAAGGAACACUUUCAAAUGUUAUAAAAGAAAUUCAUAAAAUUUUUGAUUGCGAUAGAAUUCUAAUCUAUGCUGAUAAAGUUGAUAACCCUGAUAAUGAGUUUUAUAAUGUGGAAGUUAGUGAAGCCGUUAUUCUUGCACAAAUUUCAAAAGAUGAAAGAGAAUUUUCUUGUGUUGGUAAAACAAUUGACUACCAUGAAGAACGAAUUAACAUACAAACUGAUCCUAGACUUCUUGAUGGUCACAUUUCCGAAAUAGAUGGAAAUGAUUAUUUGAACAAUGAACAUAAUAACAACAACAAUGCCAGUAAUAAUGAAGGGAAUUGCGAAUAUAUUGGACAAAGCGACGAUGUAAUUGUUGAUCAAUUUGAAAUGCCAAAUUAUUAUUUCUCAUUUUUAAAAGAACGUGUAUCAUUAUAUUGCAUAUUAAUAAUUGUGAAGAAGAAACGAUGGGGUUGGAUAUCAUUUCAUCGACCUGCGCAUAGGAAUUUCAACGAUAGUGAAAAAAUAUUUUUACAGCAAAUUGCCAAUCAAAUAAGUUUGGCCAUUACUCAUUCCAAAUUAUUAGAAGAAAAGUUGAAACGUGAAGCUCAAAUUGAAGCUGCCAAAGUUGCGAGUGAUGCUAAAAAUCAAAUAUUAGCCAAUACUUCUCAUGAAUUAAGAACACCAUUAGGUGCAAUAAUUGGAGUGUUAUCAGCCUUCGAAGAAACACCCUUAACUGAUGAACAAAUGGAUAUGGUACAAAUUAUGACUCGAGCAUCAGAUGUGGUUUUAUCAGUUAUAAAUGACAUAUUGGAUGCAGCGAAGAUGGGAGCACAAAAAAUUUCUUUGGCAAAUAAAAUUUUUGAUGUAUUUGAUUUGAUGGAGAGAACAAUUGAGAUGUUUAGUGAACGUGCUGGUCUUAAAGGAAUUGAGUUGAUUUUAGACUAUGGAUCAUUUGAUAUUGAAAAAUCCAUUAAAAGUGAUCCUGAACGCUUACAACAAGUUUUGAUGAACUUGUUGUUAAAUGCCAUCAAGUUUACAGAAAACGGAGAAAUUACAGUUGAAGUAUCAGUGAUGAAUGAGGAAAACUCGGAAAAUAAAAAUGGAUUAAAAUUUAUAGAUAAUUAUUGCGAUAUUAAAAAAAAAAAAAAAGAUGUUUUAUUAUUUAAAGUGUCUGAUACUGGCAUAGGUUUUAUCCAAUGUGACGCAUCAAUGACAAGACCACAAGAUGGUAUAGGUCUUGGAUUAGCAAUAUGUAAAUAUUUGGUUACAAUUAACGGUGGUAAAUUGGGUGUCGAGAGUGAACUUGGUAAAGGUAGUACAUUUUGGUUUACAUGGAUUAUCGAAUCAUCACCACUAUCAUCAGUGCCGACCACACCAGCAAUGUAUUCAUCGUCACCGUCGUCGUUAUCAUCUCUAACGACAACAGAUAGGGAGUUAUUAUCAUCUCUUCGAUCAAAAAAAGUUUUAAUAAUUGAUCAUAUUGCAAAAUCAAGAAAUCGUUUAAUUAAAAUACUUGGCGAAAUUUCUGAAAAAGUUGUUGCAUUUGAUAUAAUAGAGAAAGGUAUCGAAGAAUCGAAAAAAUGGAGACAGAGUCAUAACAGGCCGUUGUAUGAUAUGGUUUUUGUUAACGUUAAAGAAGAAACUUAUAAAGAACAAGAAAAAUUGAUAAAUGAAUUGAGUUCUCUAAAUCAACAAAACAACCCUGGAGAUUGUAGUGAUGGUGAUAGUCAAUUCUAUGUUGUGAUAAUGCUUUUUUGGUCAGUAAGUGGUAGAAUAAUUAGUAAAAAAAUGAUGUCGAAUAUUCACGGGAAAAAAGUUGCACUGUGUAAACCAGUUAUGAAAAAUAAAUUUUUAGCUUGUUUACGCAAUAAUGAAUUAUUUAAAUCAUCGUCACCAUACAGUAAUAAUGAUGAUCCAACGAUAUCAGAAUCUAUCGGUAUCAAUGCUGAUGAAAAUAUUCAUAAAUUAAAUAAUUCUUCUAGUUUUAAUGUUGAAGGGGGCUUUAGUGUAAGUUGUGCCGAUGUCAAUAAUGACGGUUUAUUGAAAAGAAAGUCGUCAAUUGAUAAUGAUGAAGAUCACUUGGCAAAAUCAAGAUCAAGAGUAGUCACCAAGACAAAACGGAUUUUAUGUGUGGAGGAUAAUCCAAUCAAUUUAAGAGUUAUUCAACAUCAAUUGAUAAAGCUCGGGUACCCUUCAUUAACAGCAACUAAUGGUCAAGAAGCUGUUGAUAUAGUAAAAUCUGAAUUUUUAAAUGAGAAUUUUUCUUCUUCCAAUGGAUUUGAUGCAUCAAAAGAAAUAAAGUUAAUGAAACCGCCAGCAUCAAAUAUACCCAUAAUAGCAUUAACUGCUUCAGCUUCAGAAGGAACAAAAGCUAAAUGCCUUGAAAGUGGUAUGGACGAUUACGUUACAAAACCACUUAAACUCAAUCAACUUGGUAUCAUUUUAAAUAAAUGGCUUGAUGAAGAAGGUCAACAAAAAAUUUGA